UUUGAUAUUUGAUACCUCGAGUGCGUGCUGGAAUCUGCGAUACUUUCGGAGCUGCUCGACGCAUCUCUCGAGUUCUUGUUUUCUGACGGCUCUGCCGUGCAUUAUGUAGUGGUCCAAAGUAUCCGACACGCUACCUCCGGUCAUCUCCAGCGCCGAUAACAUUCGAUAAAGGUUUAGCUUCUUCCCCGGAGUCUCGGCCGCAGUGCACAGUCGCCGGAGCAGCCAUCCUCCGCCGGAAAUUAGACUGGCGUAAUUCAUCUCCGUCGCUCUAAGAUCGUACCACAGCCGGGUGCUGUUUGUCUCCUAUUGAAAUCCCUCGGAGGGGUUUUGUUAGGGUUCAUCAAAACGCACCACGCGCCGUCGUUUUGAGUUUCACUUGAAUUAGCCGUUUGUUUAGGGUGAAGAGAAAUGAAGGUGAUAGGCAUCGUGGUUGGCGGUGGUGGUGCUGCUCCUGUGGUAUGCAGUUCGAGUGUUCGGAACCAUCGUUUUCGCGUUUCGUUCUCUUCUACUUCGUCACCGGGAUCCAAAACGGUGGAACAAGUGGGAAUUGCAGCUGCGAAACCUGAAUACAAGCCAGGUGUGUUUGAUGAUUUGUUUCUCAAUUUGUUCCGCAGCAAAUUGGUACAGGAGGUGGGGUGGGACUCAAAGAAACCUGGGUAUGAUGGACUAAUUGAAGUUGCGAAUCUUCUAAUGAAGAAGGGCACUACCAACUCUGAUACCGUAGAAACAACGGUACGAAUAUUGAGGUCUCUGUUCCCUCCAUAUCUUUUGGAGCUCUAUAAAAUGCUCAUUGCUCCUAUAGGAGGAGGCAAAAUUGCUGCUAUGAUGGUUGCAAGGGUUACUGUGCUGACUUGUCAAUGGCUCAUGGGCCCGUGCAAAGUCAAUUCUAUAGACCUACCAGAUGGAACCUCAUGCAGUAGUGGGGUGUAUGUGGAAAGAUGCAAGUAUCUGGAGGAAAGCAAGUGUGCUGGUAUUUGCACCAACACGUGUAAGUUUCCAACACAGACCUUCUUCAAGGAUCAUAUGGGGGUUCCAUUACUUAUGGAACCUAACUUUGCCGAUUACAGCUGUCAGUUCAAAUUUGGAGUCCUUCCUCCACUGCCAGAAGAUGACAGCAUCCUGAAGGAGCCUUGCUUGGAAGCAUGUCCAAAUGCUUCCCUACGACGAAUGGCUGCCAGAAAUAUAGAUGUAACUGCGUGCCCAAAGACAUGAACAUAUUUUUUUGGGCUUGCCAGCUUGGGUUUUCAUAACAUUUCUGUAGACUUUCCGGUUACCAAAGCCUCUUACACAUGUUGGUCUCAACCUGUAUUUAAAGAUGGAACUCCAUAGCGAUAAGCUCACAUGAAAUGAAAUUAUUUAUAAAGUUAAUCCUUGUAAUUAGAUUAUUGAUUGUUAAUAUUUUGUAUUUGAAUACAUCGAUAAUUAAUCAACUAGAUUUAGACA